AGUAUAUGUUAAGUAUCAUACAGAAUCUCGCAUCUUCAAAUUCAAAACAGACUUCCUCUAUUUGCCUCCAUAUAGCUUUGGCUACCCGGUGCGCUAUAUCAGCUCAGAACGAUAGAGCCUUCUCACCACUAUUUUCUACAACAAAUCUAUCAAACCUUCUUCUUAUUCUUCUUAUGGCAAACUUCAUCCGACAUCGACCCUUCCUAACAGGAGCGCUCACCAUAGCGACUGUCAGCAGCGCUGUCGCAUAUCUCACCAAGCGACGACUCAACCAGUCAUGCCCCACAAUUGCAAUCACGGAAAUACCAAAGGCAAGCGCAUGUCGCAACCUAAUUGAAACACCAUGUGAAGCAAAUACACCGAUACCAUGGGGCGUCACAAAAUCGACACUGCUAUCGUCAUGGUCAGGCGGAGAUAAGACCUACUGGGUCCCAUCCUUUGUAGCAGUUCAAGCUGAGGUGCCUGUGUCACAACUUUCGCAAUAUGGGCUAUUCAGUCACGACGGUGUCGACCAAAAAGACGACGCGCAUAGCCUGUCGAAGAAUCUCGUUGCUGCAUUCUUAGAUGCGCGCGCGACAGGUUUAGAAACAUCGGUAUUGGACAGAGAUGUUCCGCCUUUAUCCUUUACCCCUUCUUCUCGUUUAUUCGGACGCCCAAGCAAGAUGGGAGCAUUUAUGCUUGGGACUUGGGAUGCUGACCGUGGAAUGAAUGUUCGCCCAUCGGACUUGCCUUCUGAUGCUUCAAAGCCAGUCACUGAAUUUGGUCCUAAUGAAGAAGCUGUUAGAAAUGGGAGCGCUGUGGAUACAGCUGGUGCUGUGAUGUACUGGAUGUUUCCAAAAGCAUUGGUCGAAGGAGUGGACAAGGCUGCAUCAUAUGGCUUGCCGUGGCGGUUGAUGGACGGUGGUUUUCAGGAGUUCAUUGUUGAAAGGGUUUCGGAUGAGAAGGCGAGGGUGACCUAUGUUACUAUUGAGUGCACAAAUUUGCAUCCUCUUGGCCAGCAACAAAGAGACUUUAAGAUGCUGCCGUGGCUGCUUUAUGAGGCGCAUGUUCUUUAUGCACAGAUACUGUGGUCGAAGACUUUGAGACGGCUGCAGCGAUCGCAGACGACUCUAGAAUAGAUGAGUCAAGCCAGAUAAUGAUACCUCUCCGCUUAUUCCUAGUCCUGUCUACUUGUUGCUCUUGUAGGUAAAUACCCGACAAUCUCCAAGUCGGGAAGUAACAUAGACAACUCCUUUUUGGGCUUAUCG